AUGGACGUCUACCUUGAAGGAGCUUUUGUCAUGGAGACCUUGUCGAGUGUCAUGGAAACAGUACAGCUGGAAACACCUGUUGUGCCGCACCUACAGUAUCUGAGGAUCAUGGGACACAUACAGACUCCUUUCGGGGCCCGCUACCGUGUCCUUUGUUCUGUGAGAAAUGCUAAAGCCCCUCUCACCUACGUGUCCGAAUAUAGAAGCAUCUCGCAUCAGUCACGCCAAAGGUCGCGAUCCUGUCGGUUCGAGCGCGAGCUGCAUAGCUUUCAGAUACCCGCUCUGAUGAUCUGCGAGUACCACACAGCCCUUCGCCGCAGACAGGCCCGGUACCAAACCCUCCGACCACGCCAGUUGCCGGAAUGCGGAGCCAGCCAACUGUCGGGGAACAUGCGGCCCGAUUUGUUGCCCGACAUACGUGAACUUACAUGGCCCGCUUCCUGGCGUGCUCCACGCGAACCGUCGUGUCGUCGCGCGGGAACAUAUUCUCGGCGACAUCAUGUUGGGCUUCGCAGUAUUCCAGGGUUACAGCACUGUGGCAGAGAUAACAUGCCCCGUUGA